AUGACGUGUUGGGCGACGCCGACGACUAGAAGAAUACCUAGGCGAACACCAUCCGGAUCGGUUUCCGCUCGUUGGCUCUUUCUGGUCGCACUCUUCGCCCUCCCUUUGCCUACCGUCGCUUUACUGAUCGUACCACCACCACUCAUGGGAAUAGCUGCCUUGCUCUUUCCCGUUCGUCGCACUCGCAUUGCAGGCGUCAGUCAAGCCCAAGGGACCAACGCGAUCAAAGUCGAAAUUGCGGACGCCAGCGAUUUCUUCGUCGACGCCUUUUGGACCGCCAAAGUCGGCGGCGGAGCCGCACAACUCUCCAAAAAUCAACAAUCUCAGCUACGACAAUCCCAAACCGCCGAAUUCACCCGUCGGUACGGCAGCAAACGACGAGCUUCCGAACUCUUUGUGUGUCGGGACGGACAAAACGCAAUCGUCGCCUGCGUCGGGGUCGAAAUGGGAAAGAUACCCGACGGAUACUUGCAGGGACCGACCCUUACCAAGGCCCCACUCAUGAGCAAUUUGGCCGUGUCCCGGUCCUACCGACGGCGCGGUCUCGCCGAACAACUGGUCCGCGUCGUGGAACAACACGUACAGGACGCCUACGGAGCCGACGAGUGCUUCCUCUACGUCGAACAACGCAACCGAGGAGCCGUCAAACUCUACCAAAAACUCGGCUAUCGACAAGUCUGGGUGGACGAUAAUGCCCAAACCCUACUGCCGACGGCACGGGGCGACUUGCAGUCGGCGUCGACCACUAUCGUCUGCAUGAAGAAAAACGUGGUUCGCGGGAACGGCAUCUUUUCGGGAUUGUUUGGAUAG